AGGGAAUUUCUGAUUGGUAUUUUUGUGAAAAAGAUAAACAGAUAAAUAAUAAUGCUAGAGUCAGUUUCACGCGAAAUGGUAGACGUAGUAGAGUGGAACAGGUGGAACUGCACAUGCAUCAGUUCUAUUUUUAUUCUGUAAAUGAAGAAAUAUUACAUUGAAGUUAUAUGUAUUUUAUUACAACUGUUUGUGUUAAUUAAUAUAAUUCAAGUUACAAAAUCAUCAGCAUCCAAUGAACUCGAAUUACAAUCUACCAUAUCUGAUAACAAAACAUGUAACGCUUCAAUAGGGAGUUGUUAUUGCGAUGAAAUGUGUACAAUGAAAUCUGAUUGUUGUGAUGAUUACCAAAAUUUCAUCCAGCAGAAAGAGUUACAAAAUAUAUCAAGUAUGCCUCGACAUGACUGUAUUCAUACAGCUCGAACGUUUGCAGACGACAGAGAUCUGGAAAAGCAUGGUGGUUGGUUUAUGGCUGUUGCUCAAUGUCCAUCUGGUACUGGAAUAGAAUUGGUAAAACGUUGUACUAAAUCUAAAGAUUUAUUUAUUCAUUUCGACGAUUACACAGUGAAAGAUAAUUCAAACGGUAGUAAAAUUGCACGAAAAUUUAUUUCGCUUGAUUUAACUCAUCUAACAUUUCGUAUAAGGAAAGAAGAUAUUAGGCUGAUGGCGCCAGUUGUGUCUAAAGUUAACGGUCGCGUAUAUGCUAAUAUUUAUUGCGCUUACUGUCAUAAUGAACUAAAUUCAGUUGUCACAGGUGAUGAACUAAUGGGAUCUACUUUUCAGGAACGUCUUUACAUGUACAGUGUGUUUGUACACUGUCGAACAUAUCAAGAUACAGAUAGACUGUGUGUUGCUAAUUCACAACUACCACCGAGUUUGAGACGACCAUGCGAUAACAGAAAGUAUCUCAAACCUAAAAGUACACAAGAUGUGUUCAGUCUAAGUGAUUUCAAAUGGCAUCAGUUCAUGGUUAUACCACAGAAUUAUCUUGAAUUAAAAUCUGAUGAUGAAAUCCCAGUGGAGGAUAAUGAAACUUUGCGAAUCAUCGAGUCUUUCCUAGACAUAAUGCAGUUGUUGAUAUGUAUAUUCUCAGCACUAAGUCUUUGUGUGCUAAUUAUUGUCUAUUCAACAACACGUGAAUUACGACGUCGUAUUUCCAAUCAACUAGUUAUGGGAUUGGCAACGUCUAUGCUAGGAUUGUUAUCAGUCUAUUUAACACUGCCUCUGUUGAUUAAUCAAAAGAGCCAUUCAAGUCAGGGGAAUUGUCUUACAAUCGCAGUGCUGUUGCACUACUUUUUUAUUGGAACCUUCGCAUGGAUGUCAACGCUUGGUCUAAGUCUGAUGAAUACAUUUGGAGGAGUUCAAACGUGUCAUAUAUGCUUCAUCUAUCUGAAGCAAAGGCUAACACGAUCAGGAGGAAAUACAAAUUCCUUGAGUCAAAUGAAAGGUAUGAUGACUCGAACAGAUAUGCGAAAUCAAUCAAAGCCUAUUCAUCGGCGUACAUUAUUCUCGAUGUUAUUUGCAAUAGCUUUACCAUUGUGUUUUGUUGUGCCUGCACUGGCUUUGAACGAAUUCUAUCGCUUCAAUCCAUGUCAUAUAAAUAUAGACGAGGAUCAUUAUCUUUAUUCUACAAUUUUGGACAGCGGCAAACAAAAAGCAAACUGUACAGAUACGCUGAAGCAGAUGGAAUACUUCAGUCCAGGUUUCUGUUCAAUAGAAUCUCAUAAACGACCAUGGUUUACAAAACAUGGAGGUUUUAUUGUCUGGUUUUUGACACCCACUACUUUGAUGUUAGUAUUCAAUUCUAUUGUGCUACUUCUAGUUGGUAUGUAUAUUUGGCUGGUAAAUAAGAACAAAACUCUUAAAUCUCUCAGUGAAAAUAAACCCCUUGAAAAGGAUUCUAAGAUAAGUAAUACGCCUGAGAAAAGUAAUCGUAACAUGAUGAGAAUAUGCUUGCAUCUGUCAAUUACAUUAGGCACUGUAUGGAUAUUUCAGCUGUUAGCCAGUUUAUUCCCUCAACAACCGAUCUUGAGUCGUAUUGCUGGUUUGGUUAGCAGUGCACAAGGUGCAGCUUUAGGGUUUGUAUCACUAAUGAACACUAAAAGAGGAAAGUUGCUUUUCACCUGGACAAGUAUAUUCUCUACUGGACGUUCAGCAGUGAGAUCAAGUGGUGCUAAAAGUGGUUCAUCAUCUAGCCGAUCUAAUACAAAGCCUACAAAUUCAAGUGAUCUUGCAUCGUGAAAUUCAUAGUCUAUCUAGCAGUGGUUAUACAUAAUCACUAGUCCGUUUAUUUGAUAACAUAAAUCAGGUGAAAAGUAAGACUGUCUGUCAUCUAAUCACUUUAGUCUUAAGAUAUAUGUCGUACAUUUUCCUCCAUAAUAUUGUUUCCUGUCAUAUUAAUCACUUUAUUGUAUUAAGUAAUGACUCAUUCCAAUCAAAGCUCUGUUUUUUUCUCUUUUCUCGUACUCAUAUGUGUAUUUUUAUUCCUACAAAACUAUUCCUAAAAACUGUUAUUCUCUCUUUGCCGCUGUUGACUUCGUGAUACUAAAUGCCAUUAUAAUUUGUGAUCAAUUCAUGCAGUAGAAUUAUUCAUAUAGUGG